AUGACGGCCAACCUCAACACCACUGCCCAUGGAAUUCCUAAUUAUGCUCGCGCAAAUGGAAAAUUCAAAAAAAUGUUUUGGGGUUUGACAAUACUGUUGAUGACAUCUGGAAUGGUUUUCAACAUAUACGAACUGACACAACGCUACAUGGAUCGGCCGAAGCAAGUAACACUGAGCAUCACUAGGAACGAUGCACUGAACUUUCCAUCAGUGACCAUCUGCAACAUGAAUCCUGUCAAAAAAUCUGCCCUAGAUGGCCAACGGAACACAAGUUCGUUGCAACAAUUUUCCUUCUUUCCAAUUUUCUUUCAACUAAUUAUAUUUUUAUCUUCAAACUUAUUAUUAACUCGUAAUAUGAUCUUUUGCCACAUUGAAGGGCUUUCAAUAAUGGUUGUGAAUAUCGAUCAGAUGGAUUACGUGAAGCAAGCAGGAAGUCUGGCAGGGAUCCGUGUCGUCAUCCUCGACCAGAAUCAGAUGCCGUUUCCUGAAGACGAGGGAGUCUCAGUUGGCCCUGGACAAUUAACUUACAUCAGUUUACAACGGCACGAGAUAAAUCGGUUGGGCUCUCCUUACGGCAGCUGCACCGAACAGUUGUUUGACCCAUUCACCAGUGCAUAUUCCGCAUUCUACAACGUUCAAUAUCGGGCCAAAGGUUGUGAGUACACGUGCUAUCAAAAAAAAAUUAUGCACGAGUGUGGAUGCAUAGAUUUCAGUUAUCUUAAUAUAACUGCCUUAAUGGAGAAUAUCAACGCCGACAACAUGAGCUUGUGUCAGUCUGGGAACUUCGAACAAGGUUGA